AUGCCUGCAACAAUACGUGAACAGGAAGAGGUAUCUGCAGGGUUCAGAGCCAUAAGUGGAUUUAGAGGCGUUAUAGGGGCUAUCGACUGCACACAUAUUAGAAUGAAAAGAAUUGGUGGUGAAAGUGGGCAAUUCUACAUAAACCGGAAAGGGUUUGUAUCCCUGAAUGUACAGUGUGUGUGUGAUGCAACACUGCACAUUUUGGAUGUCGUGGCACGGUGGAGAGGCAGUACUCACGACAGCCGUAUCUUCAGAGAGAGUCAACUCAGACAAAGAAUGGAGAGUGGAGAGUUCCAAGGACGGCUUCUUGGCGAUUCAGGCUAUGCAUUGACUCCAUAUUUAUUCACACCAAUUUUAAAUCCUAGUUUACCGCAAGAGGAGGCAUACAAUCAUUCCACAUGA